GUGGAAUGCCACGCGGGACCGAGCUCUCGGUCGUCGAGCGGGCGUCCAUCUUGGCCAUGCGCGGGAAUGGCAUGAGCGAGCGCAAGAUUGCGCAGGAGAUGGGGCGCUGCGUGAGCUGCAUCCGAGGCUUCCUCGCCCACCCGGACGCGUAUUGCACCAAGAAGCGCAUGGGCCGACCGCGGCGCCUCUCACCCGACGUCGAGCUACAGAUCCUCGAUGCUGCGUACAAGGACAACCUCACGGCGGCCGAGAUCAUUGCUCGGCUCAACCUCAACAUUAGCGUGCGCCAGCUGCAGCGCCUGCUCCGGGAGAAGCGGCUCGAGCAGGAAGCCGCCGCCGCCAUGGCGUCGCCGCCGACCGACCUAUUCUUUGCGUCCGACGACGAAGCGUCGGCGAGCUCGAUUGAUGUUUUCUCGUUCAUGCGGCGGCCCUUUGACGACGACGACGACGCCUUGUCCUGAGCCUCUGCACUUCCUGCCCGUCCUCCCACCGUCACCUCUGGUCAUCGACGUUCCAUGAACACACAGAUCGAGCGCGUAUGCAGCAAGGAAUAUAUUGAAAUCUUUGGACGUAAAAGAGUGCGGUGGCUGGGAAUUGAACUGGGGCGCUCAAUCCACUGCACCAGAAUGGCCCUUGACCCUGUUUGUCAGGGAUGCGUGUGGCCAUCACUGUCCUCGAGCGGA